AUGGGAAUUACUAUCAUUGCAGAUGUUGCCUUAUAUCACGUCCAGCAAAACUUGGGCGGAUUUUUGGGGGAUAUUUGGCAACUGAUUGAGUCUACCUUGGGCUUUACGAGUAAUGUAUCGUCCGUUUAUUACGACACAGGAUUAGAGAUAAUUACCUCAGGACACGCUGAUGUCAUGCUAGCGCCUGUGGUCGCUAAGCGGGGACUCUUAAACGUGAUGUAUUCCCAACCUUAUUUUUACAACUGUUGGAGGUAUCAGCUGUUCGUAAAAAGACCUGAAGCGAAAGCUUCAUCAUCGUCGUACCUGAAGACUUUUGAUACUAAACUCUGGUUCGUAACUGCGAUCAUAUUUGCGGUUCUAACAAUGGCAAUUUGGAUGACGACCAAGUUUUUGAACAGAGUUUGCAAAAUCGAACCGACACUUUCAGCGCCGUCGUGUUUACUGGCCAUCACCUCGGGAUUCAUCAACCAAGGUCUGAACCAGCCAUCGAUCACACUUUUUACUCCAUAUUUCAUAGCGAAAUUGUCGCAAUUACCUGACAUGCGACAAGCUAAUCGAAUAUGCGUUUCAGGUUUCGAUCUAAAAUUGUCAAGUUACUCCGGGCGAAUGCAAGUGAUGUUUGCUUUAAUCCUAGGCGUGGUGCUAUACUCGGCAAUGAAUGCCGUUUUAGUUGCUCAACUGGCUGUUUUUGACAUUCCCUUUCCAUUCAAAUCAUUGGAUGACAUCGCCAACAAGCGCACACAUUCGCUUUGUCUGCGAUCAAACAGCUUCGUCUACAAUAACUUUACGAACCAAAAUAGAGAAAUAUUUCCUCGGUGGCGCGGAAUAUUGAACGUUCGCAACUGCUUGGAUAUAACCUCUCAGGAGAAUCUAUCUGCAAUUUUGUGUAACGAGGAUCUGGUAAUUUUAGAAAAUCGAGCCGUGAUGGAGAUGAUAUUGAAAAAUUAUGAUCUACCGUGUGAGAUAAUGAGCAACCAGGAGAGAUUAUUCCAGACGGGAAAUUCAUUUUUGUUGUCGAAGAGCUUCAAACACAAAAAAUUAAUCGACAACAUGGUCAAAAAAAUGAGAAGCACCGGGAUUCUGCAAAGACUGGAAUAUAUUUGGAUAAGGAGGGAGAAAUUAGAGAACAUAAAUUUGCCGCAAUCACCCCAAGUCACUCUGGACCAUGUUAAGGGAAUUUUAGUCAUGUAUUCCGCAAUGAUUGUGAUGAGUCUCCUAGUGUUGACUAUCGAGAAUUUCUACUCCCGCUAUUCUCGCUUUCGCGAAUUUGUAAAGUAAAUUUUGCAGCACGGCACUUACCUGAGAAGAGUUCCAGGAAUUUUUCGACGCCGUAAUUGUUGGGAAAUCUGUAGAGGGGAUCCCUGAGGGCGUCAGUCGUGUGCACUUUAAUUCGUUUCACCAUAAAAGUUAUAUUGUCUGCUUUACCGUCCUGGUUGAAAUCUGUAAACAAAAUAAACUGAUGUACAACUUGAA